CUAAUCUGAAAGGGCUUAGAUCAUACGUAAAUAGUUAUUCCCCAAGUCUCACGUGAGGCACAAGUUGCCACAAAAGCAAGCUGAUAUUGCAUGAUACUGAGACUAACCUCAGCCAGGCGGGCCCCUGUGGCGCAAUCGGUAGCGCGUAAGACUUCUAUCCUUGAGAUCUUAAGGCCGUGGGUGACCCCCACCAGGGGCUUUCUUUCUUUCUUUUUUUUUUUCCCACCCUUGAGGGGUCUCCGGGAAUGUGGAACACACCGCACUUCCGGAACACCCGCAACGCGCGCUCCCGCCCACACGGCCCUGCCACCGAUUUGCAUACAACGAUUUCAAUUUACUUUAAAAUCAAGCGAUUAUCAACGUAUCAUACAAAUUCGUUAUGUACAAUGAUGCUAUUCAGGAAUUAUUAGAGAUUAGAGUCUCUGAGCAGGAUGCUGCGUAU